CUGUGUGAGCUGCUGCUGCGAUAGCUCCUCUGUGAGCCGCGGCGAGCGACUGAGUCCGAGUGAAGCCAUGGGCCAUGGCGAGCGCGUCUCCCAGUGAUUGUGUCGACAGUGAGCUGAGCUGCCCCAUCUGCCUGGGCACGUUUGACUGCCCCUCCACGCUGAGCUGUGGACACUCGUUCUGCCUCCGGUGUCUGGACGGUGCCUGGGAGAGAGCGAGCAGCUUCAGCUGCCCGCAGUGCCGAGCGGCCUUCCGUGAGCGACCCCAGCUGAAGAGGAACGUGGCACUCGCCAACCUGGUGGAGCAGCUCAGAGUUGGAGAUAGGAUGGCUGGAGUUGUCUUCUGUGACGGCUGUGAUGAUGGGGAGACUCCUGCAGUGAAGACCUGCCUCAGGUGUGAGACUUCCUUCUGUGAAUCCCACCUGAAGCCUCACCUUAAAAACCCCAAGUUUAAAGACCAUGUCCUAGUGGCUCCCAUUGUUAAUGUGGAGGAACGGAGAUGCAAGAAGCAUGAAGAUCCCUACCAGUUCUACUGCAAGCAGGACGGCGGCCUGGUCUGCACGGUCUGCUCCAUCACUUGUGCACACAAACGACAUGAUGUCAUCGCACUGGAAGAUGAGCACAAGACACGGAAGAGUGGAGUCGGAGCGGAGACGCGAUCGGUGGAGGAGAAGAGGAAGAAGGCGGAGGCGUCCGUGGGACGGAUGAAGGCCGCUCGCAAGGCCGUGCAGGAUUCCAUGGUCCAGACCAAGGCUCGCAUCUCAUGCGAGUUCACCCAUAUGAGGGCGACACUGGAUGAAGACGAGAGGGCAGCUCUGGACCGCGUGGACGUGAAGGGGCGUGAGCUCCUGUCCCAGAUCAAGGAGAACAUCGCUCAUUACGAGCGCGAGAUUAGUGACCUCCAGGCAGCAGCCACGCGCCUGCGCGCUCUGCAGGAGGAGAGGGACUCGCUCACAUUCCUGCAGGUUCACCUAAAGGAGACAAACCGGAGAGACGCUCAGAAGGGAUCUCCACCCUCAUCUCCCAGUGAAGAAGACAUCGCCUCGAUCAGCACCCUGCAGGGAGCUGUGGUCAACUUGCUGGCAUUCAUGUAUGGACGCUCACCAACUCUCGACCCAAACUCGGCCCACAACGACCUCCAGAUUUCCUCGGAUCUCAGGACGGUGGCGUGGACCGCUGUCUCCCAGGGUCGCCCCGAUCACCCACACCGGUUUGAUGGCUAUACACAAGCCCUGUGCUCCCAGAGCUUCUCGUCGGGUCAGCACUACUGGGAGGUGGACGUGGGGGGUGUGGCGGGGGAUUGUGAGGUUGGAGUCGCGUACGGGACGAUCGCUCGGAAAGGGAGUGGUAAAGAGUUAUGGCUGGGACAGAACGACUCGUCCUGGGUUUUAUAUAAAGAUAACAACUGCUGCUACGUGAUUCAUGGUGAUGUAUUGACCUCAGUGCCGUUGAGGGAUCCUCCCCGGAGAGUCGGGUGUCACCUGCACUGGGAGGCGGGGCUGCUGUCGUUUUACUGCGCCGACUCCAUGAAACUGCUUUACUCCAUUCACCACUCGUUUAGUCAACCGCUCUACCCCGCACUGUAUGUGUAUGGUAAUGAAGGUGACUCAGUGAGAAUUGUGGAUCUGAGUCGUGCGUCCUGAGAGCACGGAGUGUGAGCAGCGCAGAGAAACGUGCACAACGUACAGACUCACGCACACAAAGACACAGAUCCCCCGUGUAGCCUUAACAGACUGUUGGGGCAAGUGCUAGUAGCGAGCACCUUUGAAGGCCGGCACGGCACUCGAUGGGGUGGGUGGCCAACAAUACGCCCGACCGCCUUUAUAUCCCCAAGGUUGAUGUUUACACACCGUACCAGGAACUCAUUUUUCAGGCUGACUCGACCUAGGGGAGGCCAAUGACCGGUUCACCAACACCAGUGACGAUUAUCGGAAUCGGUCCACGAUCUUCCCUAGGUCGACUGAGCCUCAAAUAAGUACCUUCUGCGAUGUUCAAACAUCGCCACUGGGGAGACAAAGGCGGGUCUCUCCCAGGCUGGCCUUUAUAGGUGCUACUCACUAACAGCAUUUGAUACAAUAGUUUUUAAGGCUAUAUGGGGGAUCUUUGGGUGAGUGGGUUGGUAUGUGUGUGCCUUUCUCUGUGUGUCUUUGUUUUUGAAUCUUUGUGUGUCUGUGCGUGGUGCUGACCACCCACCCCCUCGUGUGUUACAGUGCCAGCGUUCAUCGGUGCUACUCGCUACUAACAGCACUUGCCCAAACAGUCUGUUAAAGCUACAGGGGGUACCUUUGUCUUUAGUGUAUAGAGAGCCAUGUGCGUCGUGUGGGGUUGAGCGGUGGUGCAGUGGUUAGCACACUCGUGGGGGAGGGCGGGGGGAGCCAAGGUUCUGACACCAUCGUCCCUCGCACCGCACGCCGCAUGGCGCUCAACGCUGAGGGGGCGGAGCUCCACAGCGGGCGUGCUGGGAACACGCGUCACGUGACGCUACAGGGUGACGCGCGCCGUACCCUCGCGGUCACUCGUUCGUUGGGCGAUAAACCCGGGGUGGGAAUGGGAUGGCAUCACUCGGGGGGAACUACUCGUGUUGUGUGUUGAGCGCCGCUGGGCUAAAACAUUUGUGUUAAAACCAGCGGUCGAGUGACUCCUCUACCUACCCAAAGUAAUUUUAUUUUACAGAGCAUUGAGAGAGAGAGAAGCCAUUCUAACACCUAGUAGUAGUAGGAUGGCUUUCGCCACCAAUAUUAUUUGUAAUAAAGGUUUGUUUUGUUUAACGUUUUAAUAAUAUGCUCUCAGACUGAGACUUUGGACCUCCAGCCGCAACCUUCGAUUCAUGGGAUAACGCCUUCCCCUGCUGACAAAAAUUGGAAUUGUUUUUUGACUUGGAAGUCGGUUAUUUAAUUAAGCCUGAUAUAUAUCUAGAGUGAAGAUCUACUUUACACUGCAACACGACUAAUAUUGUCACAAACACUUUGUCUUAUUAAUGCGUAAGACACCAAUCCGGUGUGAACCCAACCUCAAGUCUGAGGCUGUUUAGCAAUGCGUACAUGAUUUGUGACACUGAUUAUAUCGUACCAGUUGUAAAAUGGUAUGAACGCUAAUCACAUUGUGCUCUGGGCUAUGUGUGAAAUUUCUAUUUUCUUCAUUGCUGGCAUGGGUUUGACUUGUUUUUUUUCGUUUUCAUGAACCAGGUAACUCUUGUCAAUGAGACUUAUCCUGGUAUCUUGAGUUCUCACCUGGUUAAACAAAUUGACUUUAACACGUAGGCUUUCGCGACCAAGGUUAUCAAUAAUAAAGGUUUCUUGGGUUAGAUUGCGUAAAUAUAAAAAAAUACUUAAUUGUGUUGUGGGUUACCUGUGAAUUGGAAUCACAUUGUAUUGUGGUUCAAGGGUCAAUGUAUUCUCGGUGAAUUGAAAAUAAAAUCUGAAAAUAUAUUUUCAGGAUUGUCA